UCAAAUAUUUACCUGGAUGGUUUUCUAUUUCCCAAUAACAAUCCUGUUUCAGAGCAUUUACUAUAAUGUAGAUCAAGUAAGUUACAUUCAGAUACAUUAUUCCUAAAAGUCUUCAGAAAAUAUAGCAAUAAUAGUCAUUUAAUAUAUUCCAGUUCACUUACAGUUUUCUCUCACUCACACCUAAUUCUCUGUCAUUGUCAGUAAAGUCACGAUUGCCAUGUUGCCAAGUACAUGUAUGUGUUUCAACUUCCAUACAACAAAUCCUUGACUCUACAUGUACCUAUAAAUUGGUGACCCCCAUAGAAUAUUAGAUUGGCAGAGCGGAAACAUACUCAAGACUCCAGCUGUUUUACUUCCUUGUUCAAAGCUGUUUAUACACAUCUAGGUAUCAAGCCACUGCACCAUACAAUAGCUCCACCAGUUUUCCCUUGUGAGUUCAAGCAUCCUGAAUUCACAGAAAUGGCAGCCCACAUAAAAUUUUUUUUGGGGGAGGGGUCAAUAUUCUAAUUCUGUACACAGAAUAAACAUCACCCACAUACAAUUAACAGCCUGUAGUCACUCAUUUUGUCAUGACAGGUCCUAAAAACCACAGUCAGAAUACUUUUAGAAUGUUUUUGGCACUAUGUGAGCGUAAGAGUCAUGGAUCUGCAUAUGGCACACACACACACCGUUGUUUAUACACAAACUGGGCUGUUGGCAAACAUCUGAACACUGGGACAAAAACAACGGCUUCAGUCUGGACAACACAAUGGCUUCAAGAGAUUGAAUCCACAGUAAGUUUUCCCCGAUGAAGAACUACAGUGCAGGAAACAGUGGCCAGAGUGAGAUAACGGUGUCAACGUAUAUCUCUACAAGGCCCCAUUUACUAGCCUACAAUCAAACAUUAAUCAAAGAUGGAGCAGUGUGCAGUGUGUGUGUGUGUAAGAGACCUAAUUAUGCAGUCUAGGAUACACCUAUCUGAUGAACUGGUGGAUUGUGCAAGGAAGCAGAUUGUACAGCAAGUGAUUACAAUAAAUUCUGUGGUGCAGGCUAACUGGAAGCAGUUUAAAUGUGAUCACUGGCCUUUGGACAGGUCCAUGGGACUUUCAAGUUCGGAUGUCUACUGAGACAAUGAAUUGGACAACAAAGGAACCAAUGAAUUCCACAGGGGAGGAGCAGGACACUGUGUUCAAUAUCAUCAGUGCAUGUGCAUGGAUACUUACUGUGGUGCUCAUUAUACUUUUUAACCUACUGUGCCUCAUCAUUCUGUCCAGAGUGAAGGAGUUUCAUGAUGCUACCAAAAUCUUUUUGAAGUCUAUGACAGUGGGUGAUCUGGUGUUAGGCCUUUUUUUCUAUCUCCCAAUGAUUGGUGUUUCACUGGCAGGAAGGAAAUGGCCGUUUGGUGGACUGUGUUUUGUUCAAGCAUGGAUGAUUAGGCAAGGACUUCCAGCAUACUCCUUGUCCUUACUCUUGGUGACCAUAGAUAGAUAUGUUGCAGUUGUCUAUCCAUUGAAGUAUAAAAAAAUACUGACUGGGAGACGAGCCAAAAUUACUGUAAUAACUGUCUGGCUUUUGACUAACAUUUAUUCAUUAGUGUCAUCAAUCAAGGCCAACUGGAAGAGUGACUACAAUCACAAUCUAUUUGUCUGUACCUUUGAUGGUCCAGGAAAUGAACUUGCUGCAUUUCUACUGACCAUACUCAGCAUGGCUAUUAUACUUAUCAUCAUCUUAAUGUACUUGCGAAUACUAAUCAUAGCUCGAAGUCAAGCUGUGAUGAUCGCUGCACAGCAUCCACUGGUCACCAUUACUGGUGAGUUACAAUCCCCUCCACCAGUGAACAGAAAAUCAUUCACCACCAUCUUCAUAGUCACUAUGACCCUCUUUGUGGGCUGGCUACCUUCCUUGGUUAUGGGUUUAAUGCGCAGAUCAGACGAAAUAUCCCCUCAGUGGAGAGUGGCAUCCCAGAUAGUGCUUGCUUCAGUAAGCUGGCUCAAUGUCAUCAUCUAUUAUGUGCGCAAUCAAGCUUUUCGAGAAACAGGCCAGACUUUCCUGCGGAAGAUUACUAGGAAUUGUUGUGGACUUUGUAAGGAGAACAAUAACAAUUCUGGGCAAAGCUAUUACACCUGCAGUGGAUCUGGACAGGCCUAGCUAUCUUACAUCAGACUGAAUUCCAGGGAUAACAUAACUUAUUUACUGUUGCUCCAAUCUCAGUCCACUACAAAAUAGCCAUUUUGAUGACAUCAUCAGAUCAAAAAUAACAGUUCUGUGGUAUGGAAUAAUGUAAAUAUUACCAUUAUAAUACUGGAUAGAUGUAAAAACAAUAUUUUCCUAAGUCAAACUGUUGGAAAUUAUGCUGAUUCAAAAUACUCGGUAGCAGAGUGUGGAGCAGCAAUCCUUAAGGCACAAUCUACAUGUACAAGGUAGUUUCUGUUUUAUUGCAUUUGAAGGUUUGAUGAAGUCUGUACCAUCACAUUCUGGGGUUCAUUAUUUUGACUAUGUGACUUCUAAAUUUUGCUUAGGCUUGAUCUUCACCUUAGCAUUAUUAACCUUAUCCUCAUGAGUGUAUGAAAAAUAUUAAGACUUGAAGAGAAGGGCUGACAACUGCUAGUGCUAAUAAAUACAUUAUGUGCAUUCAUUAAAGACACUAACCUUACAAUGA